CGCGUUGUCCCCUGCCCCCGUUAACCCCGCUGCGGGAGCCUCAGACCUGGGCACCACCGCCACGGCCCAAGCAUUCGAAGAAGCCCCUCUCCUCCAAGGUGGAGCUGCGGGGACACAGAAUCUCACUUUCAUCAGCACUGUUGAAAGAAGAAAAAAUGCCAGUCCUGUCUCCGGAAAUCAAAUUUGAUACUUCCAAUGUUACCAGAAAUUCCUUUGACAGUUGUUUUCUUUUUGAGAGUAGUUGGAGGAAAGCAGUUUUAGAAACACAAAAGAUGAAGAAAGAAUAUACCUUUGGUCUAGAAGAGUUCAAAGAAUGUGUCAAGAUGCCGUAUUUACCAGGACUGCAGAGUUGCCCAAAAAGUGUAAGUUCAACUCCACUGGAAGUUCGUCAGAGACUGCGGCAGGCUGACCCUGAGAUGUGUCCAGUCAGCCAGUCUAGUGAGAACAUGUCGAGUUGCAUGCAAGUGCUUUAUUCUCCUCUGCAUAUUGCACAGUGCCCCGUGAACGAAAAGCCAUGGCAUAGCAGGAUAAGGAAGACUAAGGAGGCCCGCACUGUGGUACCAUUUCAGGAGAAAACAAAGGGAUUUUUAAGGCAUUCUAAUUCUUCAAUCAACUUUGGUUCUGGCUUCAGUGAUCCUCUUGCUGGAGCAUCAUCUCAAUACUUACAGAGACUUUCCAAAAUGGCCAUAUUGGAGUAUGAUACCAUUUGUCAAGAAACUACUAGAAAAUCCAAAAAGAGCAAGAAACGAGACCUGCGAGACUGCUGAUAAGUAUCACAUCACAUGCGAUGCUUUCUUCAUUGAUGUCUAAGGUUUAUAUAUUUUUUCCUUUCUUUUUCUUUUUUUGAUAUGUGGUAUGAUGUGCAAUGAUUUACAUAAAAAUGGAAAUGUAAAUAAGAAAUAAAUAUUUUAUGUAAUAU